AUGCAGGAUUUUUUUUUAAAAUCCAAAUUCAACAUUCUAAAUAGCACCUUAUUCAACAAUUUUUAUAAAAGAAAUAACAAAGAUGAAUAUUUUAAAAAAGAUAAAAAUAAUAUUGAAGAUUUAAGCAUGAUCCAAAAUUAUGAUUAUGAAAAUGAAUGGAGAGAAAAUAAUAAGAAAAAUAAAAUGGAAAGACCAAACCCUGAAUUGAAUGAACAACUUAUUUAUUCAUAUUAUAAUCAUUUUAAUAAUAAUUUUGAACAUUAUAAUAAAGGUACACAAAAAUUAAAAGAAAAAUUAAAAGACAAAUAUAAUAACGAUGAAUAUAAUCAAGACAAAUAUAAUAACGAUGAAUAUAAUCAAGACAAAUAUAAUAACGAUGAAUAUAAUCAAGACAAAUAUAUUUACGAUGAAUAUAAUCAAGAACAUAAAUAUGAAGCAAGUAAUAUAUUUCAAGAUAAAAAUAAAUUAAAUGACAUGAACAAUUUUUACAAUAAUUUUAAUAAAAACAAUUUAUUUAAUUAUAAAAAUUUUCAAAAUUGUGAUAAAAAUUUUUUAUAUUUAUUAAACAAAAAAAAUAAUAACAAUUCAACAGAUGAAAUUAUAUUAGUUGAUGAAUUUAAAAAACUUAAAAACCAUGUUCUUUUUUUAGAAAUGAUGAAUGUGAACCUACAAAAACAAAUUCUAGCCAAUCACUUAAUUAAUACUCCUAAAAUUAUGCCUCAUCAUAUAAUCAUAAAUAAUAAAACUGAAGUUUCUUCUAAUGCUGUAAGUGAAAUUCAAAACAACAAAGAUAAAAAAAAAAAUGCAACCUUUUAUAUGUUAUUCAAAAAAAUAUUUAGUAGCAGAUUCAAUCAAAUGAUCUUUGUAUCAUCCAUUUUUAUUUCUUUCUAUUUAAUUAAUAAACAUUGGCAAAGAGCUCUUAAAAUUUCACAGCUACAAAAAAAAAUUAAUUCAAAUUUUUUAUUAAGAAGUGUAAGAUUAUUUGAAGAAUCUUUGGGCAUAAGGAAAAAUAAAUAUAUAUAA